AUGUAUAUCCCUGCACGAAUCAGUGAAGUACAGAGUAUUGAGACGAACAGGGGUCCCAACUGGAUACAUGGCGCCGGGGAAAACCCCAUCAUGAACAUCGCCGAAGCAACGGGGGCAGCCAUGUUCGACCCUGAGGAAGGGGGACACAUUGCAUUUGCCCCGGAUGGCCAGCGCGUCCCCGAACAUGUCAAUGCCCAAGUUCAGGACUUUGUGUGGACGACUAUCUCCGAGGCGUUCAAAUACAGCAACGAGCAUGGAGGAAAGAUCCCCGCCGAAAAGAGUCUGCUUGACUUCUUCCGCGAUCGAGUCCAGCAAACCGACUUUUCCGACGAAGUCAGACGCCUGUGUCUAGAUGCCUGCAAGCUCUGGGGCACCUACGUAGGCGACCAAGUCGACAGACAAAGUCUGAGAUUCUUCCGUCUGGAGGAAUGCGUCGACGGCAGCAACUUCGUCGUAGCAUCCACCUACAAACGCAUCCUGGAACAUGUCUCCAAGACAGCCCUAGCAAAAGCAGACAUUCGACUCAACGAGCCAGUCAAAACCAUCAACGCACCAAAUCGCACCCCAACAACCAAACCAACCAUAACAACCACCAAAGCAACCUACACCUUCGACGAAGUCGUAGUAACCUGCCCCCUAGGCUGGCUGAAACAAAACACAUCCGCAUUCAACCCACCACUUCCCCCCCGCCUCCAAAAAGCCAUAACCAACAUCUCCUACGGCCGUCUCGAAAAAGUCUACAUAACAUUCCCCCACGCAUUCUGGCAUCAAACAGAGCCUACCAUCUCAGCCCAGUUCCUCGAACCGCAAUACGCUCCCCACCCCAAGCACAUAGAAUGGAACCAAGAAUGUCUCUCAUUCGCAGCUCUACCAUCCCCACACGCCCACCCAACUCUCCUCUUCUACACCUAUGGUGAAAGCGGCGCCCACAUCAUCAAUUCGAUCCAGGGCCUCGAUCCGCUGUCGGCAGAGUACAAGGACGUCCUGACGCAGGCGCUUCGCCCUUUCUAUUCCCGGUUACCGGGGUAUGACGGGAGUGAGCCGACGGCGUUCCUGGCGACGCAGUGGCAGAAGGAUGAGUUUGCGGGGAAUGGGUCGUAUUGCAAUUUCCAGGCUGGGGUUGAGGAGGCGGAUGUGGAUAUUGAGGUUUUGAGGGGGGAUGGGAUGGGUCUUGAGAGGGGGUUGUGGUUUGCUGGGGAGCAUACGGCGCCGUUUGUGGCGCUUGGGACGACGACGGGGGCGUAUUGGAGUGGGGAGAGGGUUGCGAGGGGCAUUUGUGGUGGGCUGGAGGGUGAGGCGCGGGAUGAUUCUUUGCCUUCGGCUGUGCUGAGGGACUGA